CCGCCGCCCGCCGCCGGGCCGGGCCGCGCCGCGCCCCGCGCCAUGUCGGACCGGCUGGCCAAGCCCACCUGCCUCAUCGUUGCCAGCGCCGCUGCCGCCGGUGUGUCAGCCCAGUCCUUCCUUCACUGCUUCACCCUGACCAGCUCUGCUUUUAAUCUGCAAGUCGCGACUCCUGGGGGGAAGCCCAUUGAUUUUGUGGAUGUGACCGAGAGCAACAGCCGCUGGAUUCAGGACUUCAGGAUGAAAUCGUAUGGCAGCCCUGCCAAGCUGGAGUCCAUUGAUGGUGCUCGAUACCACGCGCUGCUGAUUCCAAACUGUCCUGGGGCUAUGACUGACCUUGCAAACAGUGGGUACCUGGCCAAGAUACUGCAGCACUUCAGCACUGAGAACAAGCCCAUCUGUGCAGUUGGACAUGGAGUUGCAGCUUUGUGUUGUGCCACCAAUGAGGAUAAGUCCUGGGUGUUUCAGGGGUACAGCCUUACAGGGCCCUCUGUGUAUGAACUAGUGAGGCAGCCCAACUUUGCCAGCUUGUCCAUUAUCGUGGAAGAUUUUGUGAAGGAUUCUGGAGCUACAUUUAGUGCCAGCUCUCCGGAUGCUGUACACGUGGUGCUGGACAGGCACCUGGUGACGGGGCAGAAUGAGAAUUCCACUCUUCCUGCUGUCCAGAAUCUUCUUAUCCUUUGCAAUGUCAGGUGAAUGUGUGUUAGAAGCCCUUUCCUGGCUGUGGACUAACAGGUCGUGUCAUGUUUGGAUGUGUUUCCUUCAGCAGGAAAUGAAGGAGCAGGUCUCUUUGCAAAUAGCCUGGAUGAAGAGCCAGCAGGCUAAGGAAUUUCUUGUCUGUUAACUGGAUAAAACAUCCCUCCAAAGUUCUGUCCUGGACUGUGAAGUGACUGUGACUGUGAAGUGGCCAUGUCAGGUUUUGCAUAAAUAGAAUGGAUGAAGGUUGUAAAUGAGAAAACUUGGAAGUGCAUCACACUUCAGAAGCAGCUGUGAAACCACCUUGCAUUUUUGUUGCUGCAUCUUUUUUCCACUGCUUCUGUCUAGCCCCUUAAGUUACAGAUGUGGGAACUGUGUCUUGGUAAGGAAGCAACCAGUUGUUGCUGUGAAUACAAACUGCUGAAGAUCUUGCUUUGACUGAUGUCAACUGAUCCUUAGUGACUGCCCCAAAGAGAGCUUGGGACUCCGUGAACCAUCUGAUGCUUGUUUCACAUCCCCAGAUCUACAUGUAGAGCUCCUGUGAAAUGCAGUUUCAGUUUUGUGCUCACCUUUCCUUUGGUAGGUCACAGAGUUACUGUCUGAACUGUCAGUGUGUCUGAGACACCUGGAUAUACUUGGAAUAGGAUGGAAAGUGCUGAGCUAAACUGAAUAAAGCAGAGCCAGUUGAAGGCAGCUCACUGGGGUGAUAGUCUUGGCAUCAUGUGUCCUUUUUUUUGUUCCUUGUCUGUUCACAUUGAACUUUUGUUUAAAAAGUUUGCUCAGCUGUUUUUAAA